CACUCACGCACGGCGCGUCUUGGGGGUUUUUAGUGCAGUUGUGUCCCAAAACCCGGUAGGGAGUCCUUGCGCUAAACAGGUGGGCGCUGCUGGGUAGGCCCGCCAUGCGUUGGGGUCUGCGUCGUCAUGGGCCCGGGGCGUCGACCUUGGCCGCGGCCCGGAGUUUGUGGGGGCCGCCCCGCCUUCCGCGCCGCCCCGGGUGGCGAGGAACGACCCGGAGGCUUGUGGUGCGCUCCGUCUCUGGGGCCAACAGCCAGCAGACGAACCCGGAGAGCGGCAGGUACCGGGACACGGUGCUGCUGCCGCAGACCAGCUUCCCCAUGAAGCUGCUGGGCCGGCAGCAGCCGGACACGGAGCUGGCGCUCCAGCAGAAAUGUGGAUUUUCAGAACUUUAUUCAUGGCAAAGAGAAAGAAAAGUAAAGACAGAAUUUUGUCUUCACGAUGGACCUCCUUAUGCAAAUGGUGACCCUCAUGUAGGACAUGCUUUAAAUAAGAUUUUGAAAGACAUAGCCAAUCGCUACCAUAUGAUGAGAGGUUCCAAAGUACAUUUUGUGCCAGGCUGGGAUUGCCAUGGGUUGCCUAUUGAAAUAAAAGUAUUAUCAGAACUUGGUGGAAAAGCUCAGAAUCUUUCAGCUAUGGAAAUUAGAGAGAAAGCUAGAUCAUUUGCUAAAGCAGCCAUUGAGAAACAGAAAUCAGCGUUUAUUCGAUGGGGAAUAAUGGCAGACUGGAAUAAUUGCUACUAUACCUAUGAUGCAAAGUAUGAGGCCAAACAGUUGAGAAUAUUUUACCAAAUGUAUGAUAAGGGCUUGGUUUAUCGAUCUUAUAAACCCGUGUUUUGGUCUCCCUCAUCAAGGACUGCUUUGGCUGAAGCAGAACUUGAAUAUAAUCCUGAACAUGUUAGUCGUUCAAUAUAUGUAAAGUUCCCUCUCUUGAAACCGCCCCCUAAGCUGGCAUCUCUUAUAGGAGAUACUUCAUCUCCUGUUAGUUUUUUAGCCUGGACCACCCAGCCUUGGACAAUUCCAGCUAAUCAGGCUGUUUGUUAUAUGCCAGAGUCAAAGUAUGCGCUUGUGAAAUGUUCCAAUUCUAGAGAUCUCUACAUAUUGGCUGAAGAGAAAGUGGCAUCUGUUGCUUCUACGUUGGAAACAACAUUUGAGAUUAUUUCAACAUUCCCAGGUGGAGAUUUGGAAAAUGGUUCCUGUAGUCAUCCUUUAAUUCCUGAUAAAGUCUCUCCCCUUUUACCUGCAAAUCAUGUGACCAUGGCAAAAGGAACAGGAUUGGUUCAUACAGCCCCAGCCCAUGGUUUGGAAGAUUACAGUGUAGCAUCUCAGCACAAGCUGCCAGUGGAUUGUUUAGUGGAUGAAGAUGGAAUUUUCACAGAAGGUGCAGGUCCUGAACUUCGAAACAAGGCUGUCCUUGACGAGGGAACUGAUGCAGUUAUAAAGAUGCUUCAGACUACAAAGAAUUUGUUGAAAGAGGAAAAAUUGGUACACAGCUAUCCCUAUGAUUGGAGGACUAAGAAACCAGUUGUUAUUCGUGCCAGCAAGCAGUGGUUUGUAAAUAUCUCGGAUAUUAAGACUACAGCCAAGGAAUUACUAAAAACAGUGAAAUUUAUUCCUGGAUCAGCACUGAAUGCCAUGAUUGAAAUGAUGGACCGGCGGCCAUAUUGGUGUAUAUCAAGGCAGAGAGUAUGGGGUGUUCCAAUUCCUGUGUUUCAUCAUAAGACAAAGGAUGAAUACUUGAUCAACAGCCAAACCAUUGAGCAUAUUAUUAAGUUGGUGGAACAACAUGGCAGUGAUAUCUGGUGGACUCUGCCCCCUGAGCAACUUCUUCCAAAAGAAGUUUUAUCUCAGGUUGGUGGUCCUAAUGCCUUGGAAUAUUUACCAGGUCAGGAUAUUUUAGACAUCUGGUUUGAUAGUGGGACUUCAUGGUCUUAUGUUCUUCCAGGUACUGACCAAAGAGCAGAUUUGUAUUUGGAAGGAAAAGACCAGCUUGGGGGUUGGUUUCAGUCUUCUUUAUUAACAAGUGCGGCAGCAAGGAAAAAAGCACCUUUUAAGACAGUGGUUGUUCAUGGAUUUACCCUUGGGGAAAAAGGAGAAAAGAUGUCCAAGUCUCUUGGGAAUGUCAUUAACCCUGAUAUUGUCAUCAAUGGAGGACAAGAUCAAAACAAAGAGCCUCCCUAUGGUGCUGAUGUCCUGCGUUGGUGGGUAGCUGAGUCUAAUGUCUUCACUGAAGUGACAAUUGGCCCAUCUGCACUCAGUGCUGCCAGAGAUGAUAUUAGCAAGCUCAGAAAUACACUUCGCUUUCUUUUGGGAAAUUUGGCUGGUUUCAACCCAGAAACAGAUUCUGUCCCUGUUGACAAUAUGUAUGUUAUAGACCAAUAUAUGCUACACUUACUGCAAGACUUAGCAAGCAAGAUUUCUGAGUCAUACAAACAAUAUGAUUUUGGAAAAGUUAUUCGGCUGUUACAAGCAUUUUAUACCAGAGAACUCUCUAAUUUUUAUUUCAGCAUCAUCAAAGAUAGACUUUAUUGUGAAGAUGAAAAUGAUCCCAAACGGCGCUCCUGUCAGACUGCAUUAGCUAAAAUUUUGGAUGUAAUAGUUCGCUCUUUUGCUCCAAUUCUUCCUCACUUGGCUGAAGAGGUAUUCCAACACAUACCCUACAUUAAAGAACCCAAGAGUGUGUUUCGUACUGGGUGGAUAAGUACAAGUUCUAUCUGGAAGAAGCCUGGCUUGGAGGAAGCAGUAGAGAGUGCAUGUGCAAUGCGAGAUUCCUUUCUUGGAAGUAUCCCUGGCAAAAAUGCAGCCGAGUAUGAGGUGAUCAUUGUGAUAGAGCCUGGCUUGCUUUUUGAGAUAAUAGAGAUGCUACAAGCUGAGGAGACUUCUAGCACCUCUCAAUUGAAUGAACUAAUGAUGGCUUCUCAGACAACUUUACUGGCUCAGGAACCACGAGAGAAAAGUACCGAUGUAAUUGAGCUUAAUGGGACAUUCCUAAUCAAUUUAGAAGGUGGUGAUAUUCAUGAAGAGUCUUCAUAUAAAGUAAUUGUCAUGCCCACUACAAAAGAAAAAUGCCCUCGUUGUUGGAAGUAUACAUCUGAGUCUUCAGAUAUACUUUGUCCCCGAUGUGCAGAAGUGGUUAAUGGAAAAUAUUAGUCGGGUAUUAAUAGCUUUCUUCUGAUGGUACUGAUUGGGAACUUAGAUGGACUGUUUACAAUAUUAAAAAGAUAGAUUCAUUAUCUGAAUGUUGGGUAAGAGUAAUUUGAGGAUAAGAAUUGCAUCAGAAGUAUAAAAGUACAGUAUACUAACUUUAGUUUCUGUAACUAAAGAAUAAUGUAUAUACAUAAGCAGAAAUACACCUGUGUGGAGGAAGAUAUAUAUGUGUGUGUGUAUAUUUAUAUAUAUAUAUCCAUAAUGAGCUUAUUCAGAAUAUAGACAAUAGGCUUGCCUUCAAAUAUGGCUAAGCAGAAGAUGUUUUAUACUUUAUAAAUCUUUUUGACUCAGUAAAGUAUGAUGUCUGAAAAUAAAGGCAUUCUGGUAAACUCUU